CAACCAAUCAAUGUGUGAACCUUGUGAGACGCCGCCCGUUCACAACAGAGCCAAAAAGACAAAGCCGCUUCUCAACUUCAACUCCCGAGCACCAAGAAAAAACCAGAGGCACAUCCAUGGUGUGAGGCCAAAAGUCCCAAAAUUCCUCAGUAUCAAACCAAAUGGCUUCAAUUUCAGGCAUUUACUCGGCUUCCCCAACUCUCAAGCGCCAGAAACCGCUCCUGAAAUCGACGAGUUUGUUCCGGAAGGACUCGGGUUCCGUUUCUGUUUCAUUCUCCGCCCGGUCGAAAUCGGCCGAUCGGGGUUUUUCUGCGUCUGUUGCUCGGGAGAUCUCGGCGGAGUUGUCGACGGCCGAUGGGGCUCCGGCCAAGAAGAAGGGGCUGGUGAAGGAUCCGCAUGCGCUGUGGCGGCGAUACGUUGACUGGCUGUACCAGCACAAGGAGCUCGGGUUGUUUUUGGAUGUGAGUCGGGUCGGAUUUACGGACGAGUUCGUUUCGGAAAUGGAGCCCCGGUUUCAGGCGGCUUUUAAGGCCAUGGAGGAGUUGGAGAAAGGCGCGAUUGCUAAUCCCGAUGAGGGUCGUAUGGUCGGCCAUUACUGGCUUAGGAACCCUAAGCUCGCCCCCAACUCGUUUCUCAGGUUGCAGAUUGAGAACACGCUCGGGGAUCUCCUUAAGUUCUCGAACGACGUCGUCAGCGGUAAGAUUAAGCCACCAUCUUCUCCAGCUGGUCGCUUUACUCAGGUACUUUCAGUUGGAAUUGGAGGUUCAGCACUUGGGCCACAGUUUGUUGCUGAGGCAUUGGCUCCUGAUAAUCCUCCUCUUAAGAUAAGAUUCAUUGACAAUACCGAUCCAGCAGGAAUUGAUCACCAGAUUGCACAACUUGGCCCCGAGCUGGCUUCUACACUUGUAAUUGUGAUUUCAAAGAGUGGAGGUACUCCUGAAACUAGAAAUGGUUUACUGGAGGUACAGAAGGCCUUCCGUGAGGCUGGCCUGAAUUUUGCAAAACAGGGUGUCGCUAUAACUCAAGAGGGUUCAUUAUUAGACAACACUGCCAGAAUUGAGGGAUGGUUAGCUAGAUUCCCCAUGUUUGACUGGGUUGGUGGUAGAACAUCUGAAAUGUCUGCAGUUGGUCUUCUUCCGGCAGCACUUCAGGGAAUUGACAUUGAAGAAAUGCUCGCUGGUGCCUUGUUGAUGGAUGAGUCAAAUAGAACCACUGUGGUUAAGAAUAACCCUGCUGCAUUGCUUGCUCUAAGUUGGUAUUGGGCAUCUGAUGGGUUAGGAUCCAAGGAUAUGGUUGUUCUUCCGUACAAGGACAGCUUAUUAUUAUUUAGUCGGUAUUUGCAGCAGCUGGUCAUGGAAUCUAUUGGGAAGGAGUUUGACCUUGAUGGUAAUCGGGUGAAUCAAGGACUUACGGUUUAUGGAAAUAAGGGGAGCACGGAUCAGCAUGCCUACAUCCAACAACUGAGAGAAGGCGUCCACAAUUUCUUUGUGACAUUCAUUGAAGUAUUACGCGAUAGGCCUCCUGGUCAUGAUUGGGAGCUUGAACCAGGCGUCACAUGUGGGGACUACCUGUUUGGAAUGCUACAGGGAACAAGGUCAGCUCUUUAUGGUAACGACCGGGAGUCAAUUACAGUUACUGUGCAAGAAGUGACACCUAGAUCUGUUGGUGCUCUUAUAGCACUUUAUGAGAGAGCAGUUGGGAUAUAUGCUUCACUUGUCAACAUUAAUGCGUAUCAUCAACCUGGUGUGGAAGCUGGUAAAAAAGCAGCUGGAGAAGUUUUAGCUCUUCAGAAGCGGGUUUUAGCUGUACUCAAUGAGGCCAGCUGCAAGGAGCCUGUUGAACCGUUGACGCUUGAAGAAGUAGCUGACCGGUGCCAUUCUCCCGAACAAAUCGAAAUGAUUUACAAGAUCAUCGCUCACAUGGCCGCCAACGACAGAGCACUCAUUGCCGAAGGCAGCUGCGGUUCACCACGGAGCAUCAAAGUUUUCCUUGGGGAGUGUAAUGUCGAUGCGUUGUAUGCUUAAGUUUGUUUUCCCCUGUAUUAUGCAUGUGUUUGAAUUUACACAUCCGAAGAUUUGAUCUUCCUUCCCAUUGUAUCUUGUCUCUUAUUUGGCAAAGUUAGCUUGGAAAUAAUAAAAAAUUAUGUUCCGACAUUUAAGAAUAAUAAGCUGGUUUAUCAGAAAUAUUUAUAUAAUAUUGUC